UCUAUCUCUCUCUCUCGCUCGCCUUCAGCCCUCACAGCAGCAACCACAGGAGAAGAACCAAGAAAAAUACCAAAAAAGAGAAGAAAUAAAAUAAAAAAAAUUUAAAAACAAAAAAUGACAAUCUUCUCCUUCUUUUUCUGGUUGUUGGUGUUGUGAGAGAGAGAGAGAGGGAGGGGGGAACUGGGAAGAGAGAGAGAGAGAGAGAGAGAGAGAGAGAGAGAGAGAGAGAGAGAGAUGGGAGGGGUGACGUCAUCAAUGGCUGCGAAGUUCGCCUUCUUCCCACCCAACCCUCCCUCAUACAAGCUGGCAAUGGACGAGCUGACAGGGCUCUUGACGCUGAGCUGCUUCCCGCAUAGGGAGAACGUGGAGGUGAUGAAGCUGCCAACUCGUCGCGGGACGGAGAUCGUGGCCGUCUAUGUCCGCAACCCCAUGGCCACAUCCACCCUCCUCUACUCUCACGGCAACGCUGCGGAUCUCGGCCAGAUGUACGAGCUCUUCAUCGAAUUGAGCAUCCACCUCAAAGUCAAUCUCAUGGGGUACGAUUAUUCCGGGUAUGGGCAAUCAUCUGGAAAGCCAAGUGAGCAGAACACUUAUGCAGAUAUUGAGGCUGCCUAUAAGUGCCUUGAAGAGAACUAUGGUGCAAAGGAAGAAGACAUUAUCCUUUAUGGUCAAUCUGUUGGAAGUGGGCCAACGUUGGAUAUAGCGGCUCGCUUGCCUCGGUUAAGAGCUGUAGUUCUGCAUAGUCCAAUACUUUCAGGGUUAAGAGUCAUGUAUCCUGUGAAGCGUACAUAUUGGUUUGAUAUAUACAAGAAUAUUGACAAAAUCCCACUGGUUAAUUGUCCCGUGCUGGUUAUUCAUGGAACCUCGGAUGAAGUCGUGGACUGCUCUCAUGGUAAGCAACUCUGGGAUCUGUGCAAAGAGAAAUAUGAACCACUAUGGCUUAAGGGGGGAAACCACUGCGACUUGGAGCUUUACCCUGAGUACAUCAGGCAUCUGAAGAAGUUCAUAUCAACAGUUGAAAAAUCUCCCUCCCAAAGGCACACCUCAAGGCGAAGCACAGACCGUAUGGAGCCUUCGAGGCGGAGCACUGACUGCUUUGAGGUGUCAAGGAGGAGCACUGACCGGAGGGAGAAACCGAGGCCCAGCACAGACAGGCCCGAGAAAUUGAGAAGCAAUGAUUUCAGGUCAAACAACAUGGACAAGCUAGAGAAGCUGAGAAUCUCGUUUGAUCAGAUGGAGAGAUCUCGGAGGAGCGUAGAUUGCCAUGAGAAGUCUAGGAUGAGCACUGACCAGGUGGAGAGAGCGCGGAAGAGUGUCGACCGGUUGGAUAGAAUAUGGGCUGGGUGAAUCUUUUCUUCGGCUUGGAUGUAAAAUGAGUAUGGAUGUGUGGGGAAAUUUAUUUAUGUUUUUUUUUUUUUUCCCUUCCUCUUCUUUUUUAUUUCUAUUACAGUCAUGUAGGUGGUUUGUGGGGAAGCUCCAUAACUGUGGCAGCAUGAAAUGAGAAAGGUUUGUUGAUGGAUGUGUUAUGAUA